AUCAUCAUCAGUGGUCAGAGAAGAGCGGAGCGUCAAGUUAGACAGCAGCAGCAGGAGGAGGAGGAGGCUUUGUGGGGGAUCAGCGGCUUAAAAUGCGGCUCAGCAGCGCUGACCACAGUACAUGACCGUGUGCAGUCUACUAUACGUGUCACUACAUUUAGCGAGAGCUGAAGAGACAGACGGAGAUUAUUCUUUUUGUUGUCUCUGCUCUGCUCGGUUUGUCCGACAGAACUAGUCCAGACAUGAGUGACGUUCAUGUGGUGUUCUGGGACCAGUUGCAGGCUGGCAGCUCCGAGGUGGACUGGUGUGAAGGCAAUUACCUUAUUUACCCGAGCAUCGCUGAGUUUUACAACACGAUCAGCAACAUAUUGUUUUUUGUUUUGCCGCCCAUAUUAAUGUGUUUGUUCCACCAAUAUGCAACACAUUUCAACUGCGGGAUCUACCUCAUAUGGAUUCUACUUGUUGUGGUCGGUAUUGGUUCGACAUAUUUUCACGCCACCCUCAGCUUCCUCGGCCAGAUGCUGGAUGAACUGGCCAUCUUAUGGGUUCUCAUGUGUGCCAUUGCCAUGUGGUUCCCAAAGAGAUAUCUACCUCGGAUGUUCAGGAGGGAUCGGUCAAGGUUCAAAGUGGUCAUUGGAAUCUUGUCAGGAAUCACCACAGGGCUGGCCUUCGUUAAACCUGUGGUCAACUCGCUGUCACUCAUGACUCUGGGUAUCCCGUGCACUGUGCUGCUCAUUACUGAGCUUAAAAGGUGUGAAAACCCACGUGUCUUCAAGCUGGGCUUGAUCUCAGGGAUCUGGUGGGCGCUGGGUCUGCUUUGCUGGAUCAGUGACAGGAUAUUCUGUGAAAUGUGUCAGUCAGUCAACUUUCCCUACUUGCACUCUGCUUGGCACAUCCUCAUAUGCCUGGCCUCAUACUUGGGUUGUGUCUGCUUCGCCUACUUUGACGUCGUGACCGAGGCUCCGGAGCGAGGACCCGUCAUCAUGUUCUGGCCCAAUGAGAAAUGGGCCUUCAUCGGUGUGCCCUAUGUCUCCUUCCUUUGUGUCCACAAGAAGCCUACUAUCAAGGUGACUUAAAGUGACCCAAACCCCUGAGUCUGCAGCUCAGCUGCUUGUGCUUCCACACUUCUCAGCAGGAUGCAUGGCAACACGAUCCACCACCACACCUGUGAGUCAGCUGGCUGACAUCCACUGGUGGUCGAGUGAUUCACGCUCCGGUCCGCAGAGAGGAUUCAUCCUUUUCCUCAUUCCUACCCCUGGUGUGCUCGUCAAUAAACGGCAGGGUUUAUGCAACAAGGUGUCAUAAAAUACACACACAAUAUCAAAGCCAAGGAACCUUAACAGUGUUCUAAAUGCAUUCUCAGGCUUUGCACGAGUGAUUUUGUGCAUUUUAUUUCAACCCAGGAAACCUCAUUAUAAAAGCAUUAUAUCGCCUUGACUUAUCACUACAGUUUCUCGCAGGUGCAGUCCGGUCAACACGAAACCAUGUUUAGAAACGGUAACGCACUGGAUUCAUUAACUGGUGGUGAAUGCAUGACGUAUUAACGCUCAAAGGUAAUUCACACAAAGCCUUGAGUAUAUUAAAUACAUAAUGGUUUCGUGCUGUUAGACCUGAACUCAAACACAAACAGCAUCUUUGUAUUUUUGGUGUUGGAAUGUUUUCUUUCAGCAUGGUUGUUAAAAGUUUGAUAUAUUCUUCUCUAUAUAUAAAUAUAUAUAUUUGUAAACUAACAGUGUUAUAUGCAAUUACUUUUAAUACGUUACUGCAUAAAUGAUAUGUACGGAAGGUACCAAUGGUAUUGGCCAAAAUCUAAACUAAACCAAGAAAAGAGAAUGUGAAAUUUGAAUGUACUGAGAUGCUAUUAUUGACAAUUCAAGUAAAGAAUUCUUUACUUUGCACAGCAUGAAGAAUGUUUUUCUAAAGCAUUUAAAAACAUGAUUUACUCAAUAAUUAUCUAGCUAAUGUUUUUGUCCUCCUACCCUGACAUCUCAGCUCUUAAACUACUCUUCAGGGUGUUUUUUUUGUUUUUUUUAAAGGCCGGGACAUUUUUAUGAUGUACUGUGUAGCUUUAGAGUUUGCUCUGAAACUGUGUAUUGGGUACAUUAAGUUGUACUUGGAUGCACAGUACUGUGUACUUUAAAGAAGGUGAAACCAUGGGAAGUAAAGGCUUUAUGACCUUUAACUCCAAACAAAGUCUCAACAAAGAUUUAAAAGGGAAAUAUAUUUGAUGCAAUGCAAUUAUUAUAAUUUUCUUCUAUUUAACUCCUGUCGAGGAUUCUGGGAACUCCAACCACUAAAAUAAUGAAGGAUAACAAUUCACAUAAAAAGAAAACUGCCAUUUUGACGUGAUACUUUUUUUAAAAACAACAUGAAGUAUUUUGUGAAGUCCAAAGCAAUCUAUAUUUUUGUAAAAUCAACUGCAGCCAAAUUCUAAGCAACUGCCUACACAGUCGGUUAUUUUGAUAUUAUACUAUUACUACUUGUGUAUCUCAACCAUAUAAAUUCUUUUUGUUUUUGUAUCUUUCAAUGAAAAGACUUUGGGGAUACUAUUAACAAUGUGAAAAACAUUUGUUGUAGUGUGUGUGUGAAUCAUACAACUGUUUGUAUGAUGCAUAGGAGAGAAUUAAAUCUGUGAAUAAUCCUUAGUUUGUAUGAAGAGAACAACCUGUUUGAUGCUGAUUACUUCACAGUGAGAUUUCCUUUUUAUUUGGAUAUUUAUAAUAUGAAUCUCUGGGUUUUGCUUGCAUUUACAAUACAGACAAACUGCACAGAAUAUUUAUUUUGUAUUAAUUUAUCCAGUUUUGUUUAUGUUUAAUGAAUAUUUGUAAUAGAUCAGAACAAUAGGACUUUAUUUUAUGCAAUAAACCAAGCCUGUGCUCAAGGUGACCGUGCAUGGGUGUUUAUUUUGCAACUUCGACACAAUAAUGUAAAAAUAUAAUUGUAAUGCGUGGGUCAAAAGCUGUGUAUAUAGUACAUGGAUUGAAAUACAGAGUCUCUGUGAUGCAGAUGACAGUUUUUGCCACCAGGGUGCAGUUUACUCUCGUUCCGAAUGUGUCUCAGCACAAAGAACCCAGCCUUUUAUUUGCAAUGAAAAUAAAUCAAUUCCACCACA